GGAACAGUCCUACCUGACAUCUCGUGUAGGGAGAGGAGAUUUCUAACCGCGGAUUUGCACCUUCCAAGCGCAAUAAAAAGCAACCAUUUCCCUUCCACGUCUUUUUUCCCGUAGACUUAGAACUAUGGCUCCCCGUAUAGCCUCCCAUUUCCUGGGAGGCAAUUCCCUAGAUAUAGCGCCUUCCAGUAAGGUGAAAGAUUAUAUUACUUCACGUGGUGGACAUACCGUAAUCACGUCUAUUUUAAUCGCUAAUAAUGGUAUCGCCGCUGUUAAAGAAAUCCGAAGCAUUCGAAAAUGGGCAUAUGAAACGUUUAAUAAUGAAAGAGCUAUCAAAUUCACUGUCAUGGCUACCCCCGAUGACCUGAAGGUUAACGCCGAUUAUAUCCGCAUGGCCGACCAAUAUGUAGAAGUCCCCGGUGGCUCAAAUAAUAAUAACUAUGCAAACGUAGAACUCAUCGUCGAUGUUGCUGAGCGUAUGAAGGUUCAUGCCGUCUGGGCCGGUUGGGGUCAUGCCUCCGAAAACCCCAGACUUCCAGAAAUGUUGGCUGCCAGCAAGCAAAAGAUUGUUUUCAUCGGUCCUCCAGGUAGCGCAAUGCGUAGUUUGGGUGAUAAGAUUAGCUCAACUAUCGUUGCUCAAAGCGCGAAGGUCCCAUGUAUGCCCUGGUCGGGUCUUGGUCUAGAAAAAGUCCGUAUCGACCCUGAAACCAAUAUCGUCACUGUUGAUGAUGAUGUUUACCAAGAGGCUUGCAUCAAUUCCGCCGAAGACGGUGUUGCCGUCGCCGAAAAAAUUGGAUACCCCGUUAUGAUUAAGGCAUCCGAAGGUGGUGGUGGUAAGGGUAUUCGUCAAGUCACUUCCUCUCAGCACUUCACCCAUGCUUAUCAACAGGUUUUGGCCGAACUUCCUGGCUCUCCUGUGUUCGUGAUGAAGCUUGCUGGACAAGCCCGUCACUUGGAAGUUCAGAUUUUAGCUGAUCAAUAUGGCAAUAAUAUCUCCCUCUUUGGUCGUGAUUGUUCCGUUCAACGUCGUCAUCAAAAGAUUAUUGAAGAAGCCCCUGUCACCGUCGCUCCUCCUAAUACUUUCCGUGAAAUGGAGCGCGCUGCCGUUCGUUUGGGUGAACUUGUUGGCUAUGCAUCUGCCGGUACCAUUGAGUACCUUUAUGAACCUGAAACUGACAAGUUUCAUUUCUUGGAAUUAAACCCUCGUUUGCAAGUAGAACAUCCAACUACUGAAAUGGUUUCAGGCGUCAACUUGCCCGCUGCCCAACUUCAAGUUGCAAUGGGUAUUCCUUUACAUCGCAUCCCCCACAUUCGUGAACUUUACGGCUUACAACGUGAUGGUGAAAGUAAAAUUGACUUUGCCUUUGAAAACCCCGAGUCCCAUAAAGUUCAAAAAGUGCCUACGCCUAAGGGUCACUGUAUUGCUUGUCGUAUCACUUCAGAGGACCCUGGUGAAGGUUUCAAACCCUCCAGCGGUAUGAUUAAAGACCUUAAUUUCCGAUCUUCCAGCGAUGUUUGGGGUUACUUUUCUGUCGGUACCGCAGGUGGUAUCCAUGAAUUCGCCGAUUCUCAAUUCGGCCAUAUCUUUGCAUUCGCCGAUUCCCGUGAAGCUACUCGUAAGUCAAUGAUUGUAGCGUUGAAAGAAUUAUCUAUCCGCGGUGAUUUUAGAACAACCGUUGAGUAUUUAGUCCGCCUACUUGAAACUGGCGAGUUUGCCCAUAAUGAAUUUACCACUGCUUGGUUGGACAAACUUAUCGCUCAAAAGGUUACCUCCGCUCGUCCCGACAAGAUGCUUACAGUUGUUUGCGGUGCGCUUGUCCGUGCUCAUGCAAUCGCUGAAGAACAAUAUCGCGCAUUUAAAUCUUAUUUGGAGCGCGGCCAAGUCCCUUCUCGUGAUUUCCUUAAAAAUGUUUAUGAUAUAGAAUUCAUCUAUGAUGGCAAUCGUUAUAGGUUUACUGCUUCUCGUUCUUCCCCAGGUUCAUAUCAUUUGUUCUUAAAUGGCUCCCGCUGUACGGCUGGUGUCCGUUCUUUGACUGAUGGUGGCUUGCUCGUUUUAUUGAACGGUCAAUCUUAUACCGUUUACUAUCGAGAUGAAGUUACAGGUACUCGAAUUUCCAUUGACAACAUGUCAUGCAUGUUAGAAAAAGAAAAUGACCCAACGCAGUUGCGUACUCCUUCCCCUGGUAAAUUGGUUCGCUUCUUAGUUGAAACAGACGAGCAUAUUAAGGCAGGUGAAGCUUACGCGGAAGUUGAGGUUAUGAAAAUGAUUAUGCCAUUAGUAGCCACUGAGGAUGGUACAGUGCAGUUGAUCAAGCAACCUGGUGCCUCUAUUGGUGCAGGUGAUAUCCUUGGUAUUCUAACUCUUGACGAUCCUAGCCGUGUUAAGCAUGCGCUACCCUUCAAUGGUCAGCUUCCCAAAUUUGGUGAUCCUCAAAUUGCUGGUAACAAGCCUUGCCAACGUUAUCAUCAAUUGUUAAACAUUUUACUUGACAUUUUGAAGGGUUACGAUAAUCAAAUCAUUCUUAACAGCACUUAUAACGAAAUUAUUGAGGUCCUCCGUGAUCCUGAACUUCCAUUCAGUGAGUGGAGCUCUUAUUACUCUGCAUUGGUUAGUCGCAUGCCUCCUGCUUUAGAUAAAUUGUUUGUUUCUAUUAUCGAAAAGGCAAGAGCUCGUAAGACUGAAUUCCCUGCCAAGCAGUUGGAGUUAGGCUUGCAAACUUAUUGUGAGGGCCAAAAGCUCUCCGUAACUCAGCAACUCAAGCAACAAAUUGCUCCUUUGAUUGAUGUUAUUAAUGACUAUAAAGACGGUUUGAAGGUACAUGAGUACCGUGUCGUUAGAAGUAUUUUAGAGGAGUACUACAAUGUUGAGCGCUUGUUUUCAGGUCCCAAUAAAAGAGAAGAAGAUGUCACACUUCGUCUUCGUGAUGAGAACAAGGACAAUGUUGAUAAAGUCAUUGCCCUUGCUUUGUCUCACUCUCGUAUUGGUUCCAAGAAUAACCUUCUCAUAACUAUGCUUGAUCUUAUAAAAUUGGAGCCUUCUACUUUCGUUUCAUUGUACUUUAAUGAUAUCUUAAGAAAACUCACUGAUCUUGAUUCUAGAGCUACUGCCAAGGUCUCUCUCAAGGCACGUGAACUCUUAAUUUCAUGUGCUAUGCCAUCUCUCUCUGAACGUUUCUCUCAGAUGGAGCACAUCUUGAAAACCUCAGUUGUAGAAAGCCACUAUGGUGAUUCCGAGUUUGCUCACCGUCCUCCUAAUUUGGAAAUUUUGAAGGAACUCAUUGAUUCCAAGUACACGGUCUUUGAUGUUUUACCUGCUUUCUUCUGUCAUCCCGAUCCAUGGGUGUCUUUGGCUGCAUUAGAGGUCUAUGUACGCAGAGCUUAUCGUGCUUAUGCUGUUUUGGAGUUGAAUUAUCACGUCGAAAACGACACUCCUUUUGUGAUUUCCUGGAGAUUCCAGCUUCGUGCUAGUAGUACGCCAGGACAAGGUGCUAGUGGAGCAAAUGGUCUUCUUCCAAGCAGCAGUUCCCCUUCCUUGGAAAAUGAGAACAAGCGCCUUCAAUCUUACAGUGAUCUUUCUUGGUAUGUAAACAAGAAUGAUUCCGAGCCUUUCCGUUUCGGAGCCGUUGUUGCCGCUGAUAAUUUUGAUCAACUGGAAACCAAUCUUGCUUUGGCUAUCGAGCGUCUACCAUUGGCUCGCAAUACCUUCAAUGCCGGAUUAACUUUGAAUAAUGAAGAACCAUCUAGUGCUCCUCUUCAAGAACUUACAAAUGUUCUUAACGUUGCUUUAACGUCUACUAAUGAUCUCGAAGAUUCUGCUAUUGUCGAUAAACUUAGCUCCGUUUUAGGCGAAUUUCGGGAUGACUUACUUGAACACAAUGUUCGAAGAAUCACUGUAAUUGGUGGUAGACAUAAUAAGUCAGCUCAUCCUUCUUAUUUCACUUAUCGUGCCUCUUCGGAUAGUUUCGAACAUGAGACGGUUCGCUACGUUGAAGAUGAGCGAAUUCGCCAUAUUGAACCAGCUUUGGCCUUCCAAUUGGAAUUGGGUAGACUUUCCAACUUUGAUAUUGAGCCCGUUUUUAUUGACAACCAUAACAUUCAUGUUUACCGUGCGACUGCGAAAAAUAUGAGUUCGGAUAAGCGUUUCUUUACCAGGGCUCUCGUCCGUCCUGGAAGACUUCGUGAUGAAAUUCCAACAGCUGAAUAUCUUAUUUCUGAGACUCAUCGAUUGAUUAACGAUAUUCUUGAUGCUCUCGAGGUCAUUAGUCCUGAUGAAACUGAUCUUAAUCACAUUUUCAUUAACUUCCUUCCUGCAUUUGGACUCGCUCCCAAGCAAGUUGAAGCUGCUUUAGGUGGAUUUUUGGAGCGCUUUGGACGUCGUUUAUGGCGUUUACGUGUAACCGCUGCUGAAAUUCGCAUUAUCUGCACUGAUCCUAAAACAAACACUCUUUUCCCCUUGCGUGUCAUCAUAUCCAACGUUUCUGGAUUUGUCGUAAAUAUCGAACUUUACGCAGAAGUGAAGACCGAAAACAACUCUUGGAUCUUCAAGAGUAUUGGCCAACCUGGAUCAAUGCAUCUCAGACGUAUCAAUACCCCUUAUCCAAACAAAGAAUGGCUUCAACCUCGUCGCUACAAGGCACAAUUGAUGGGUACAACAUUCGUUUACGAUUUUCCAGAGUUGUUCCGUCGUGCUUUUAGUGACAGCUGGAGAAAGGUCGACAGUGGUCAUUCUGAAAACCCUGUCCCACAAGACAUGUUCAACUGCAAGGAGUUGGUUGAGGAUGAAAAUGGAGAUUUGCAAGAGGUUAGCCGUGAGCCCGGUACAAACUCUUGUGGUAUGGUUGCUUGGUCGGUGACUGUCAAAACUCCUGAAUAUCCUAAUGGUAGAAAAUUGAUCAUCAUCGCUAAUGAUAUUACAUACCAGAUUGGCUCAUUUGGACCAAGAGAAGAUAACUUUUUCUUUAAGGUGACCGAACUUUCUCGUCAGCGCGGAGUUCCCAGAUUGUAUUUGGCUGCUAAUUCUGGUGCCCGUAUUGGUGUUGCAGAUGAGUUGAUUCCCUUAUUCAACGUGGCCUGGAACAACGUCAAUUCACCCGAGAAGGGAUUUGAGUAUUUGUAUUUGACACCCGAAGUUCAAGAGCGCUUAGAUAAGCAGGAUACUAAAACCAUACAUACUGAAAGAAUUGAGACCGAGUCUGGCGAAGUUCGUUACAAGAUCACAGCUAUCAUUGGUUCUGGUGAAGGAUUGGGUGUAGAAUGUUUGAGAGGUUCUGGUUUGAUUGCUGGUGUUACAUCUAGAGCUUAUAAUGACAUUUUUACCUGUACGCUUGUUACUUGCCGUGCCGUUGGUAUUGGUGCAUAUCUCGUUCGUCUUGGCCAGAGAGCGGUUCAAGUUGAAGGUCAACCAAUUAUUCUUACCGGUGCUCCUGCCCUUAAUAAGGUUCUGGGACGUGAAGUCUACAAUUCUAAUUUACAAUUGGGUGGUACUCAAGUAAUGCACAGGAACGGUAUUUCUCAUUUAACUGCUCAAGAUGAUUUCGACGGAAUUUCGAAAAUCGUCAAUUGGCUUUCAUAUAUUCCUGAUAAGCGCAAUAACCCCGUUCCCGUAUCGCCAUCGAGUGAUCCUUGGGAUCGUGAUGUUGAGUAUUAUCCCAAUCAGAGUGGUUACGAUCCUCGCUGGUUGAUUGAUGGUAAAGAGGAUGAAGAUUUGUACUUGUACGGUAUGUUCGACAAGGGUUCCUUCCAAGAAACUUUGGAUGGAUGGGCAAAGACAGUUGUCGUAGGUCGUGCACGUUUAGGUGGUAUACCAAUCGGUGUUAUCGCUGUUGAAACUCGCACCAUCGAAAACACUCUACCUGCUGAUCCAGCCAAUCCAAGCUCUACGGAACAAAACUUAAUGGAAGCCGGACAAGUUUGGUAUCCUAACUCAGCUUUCAAGACCGCCCAAGCCAUCAACGAUUUUAACCACGGCGAACAAUUACCGUUAUUUAUUCUCGCUAAUUGGCGUGGUUUCUCUGGUGGUCAACGAGACAUGUUCAAUGAAGUACUUAAAUAUGGUUCUUACAUUGUUGAUGCUCUUGCUGAAUACAAACAGCCAGUAUUCGUAUACAUUCCCCCUUACAGUGAAUUACGUGGUGGCUCUUGGGUUGUUGUGGAUCCUACCAUUAAUGAUAAGCAAAUGGAAAUGUAUGCCGAUGAAGAAAGUAGAGCUGGUGUUUUAGAACCAGAAGGAAUGGUCAGCAUUAAGUUCAGACGUGAGAAGUUACUUUCAUUGAUGCGCAGAUGCGAUGAGCAAUACGCUGCUUUGCAAGAUAAGCUCAACCAAAAGGAUUUAAGCCCCGAUGAACUCUCAACGGUCAAGGUUCAAUUAAUGGAACGCGAACAAAAGCUGAUGCCUAUUUAUCAACAAAUCAGUAUUCACUUUGCUGAUUUGCAUGAUCGUGUAGAUCGUAUGGUUGCUAAAAAGGUCGUCCGUCAACCCUUGAAAUGGACCAAUGCUAGACGCUUCUUCUACUGGCGCUUGAGAAGACGUUUGGAUGAACAUUAUUCUCAACAGAAAUUAAUGCAGCUUAUUCCCGGUUUAAGCCAUGAAGAAUCGCAACGUUGUCUUAAGCAGUGGUACACAGAAUGGCGCGGCAAAGAGGAUUGGGAUACUGCUGAUCGAUCCGUUAUUACAUGGAUUGAAGAAAACAGUGAAACUCUAACUAAACACACCCAAGAGUUGAAGAGUCAUUAUUAUAGCAACCGUAUCGCUGAACUAAUUCGUGCUGAUAAGCAAAACAUGAUUGAUAGUCUUGCUUUAGUCUUGACCGAACUCGAUGAAGCAGAGAAAAAGGAAUUAGCUGCAAAACUUGCUGCUAGGAAUUAAGAAUUAAGCUUAUGAACUCUGAGGAUAAUGUUUGUGUAUUUAUUUCAUCCAGACUUCUUUGAUUUGUUUACUUGCUCAGAAGCUGUUGGAGGAAGUUAUACCUUGUAAAGCUACAUGAUGUACUUAUACCCUGAAUAUAGGAGAUGCGAAUUUAUUUCAUUAUUUUUGAUAAAUUGUAUACCGUUCAAAGAUCUUUAAUCACUUCAUAGCAUAUAUGCCGUUCAUUUAACAAUUGUCCUUUGAAAUAGGUAGUACAUGUUUAACAAUGAAAGUUUUAUUCUUACGAAAUGAAUA